GGUUGGCUUCUCCCUUCCCGAAGUGAGUCUCCUGGCGCGGGAGGAGCGCCGGGCAGGCGGCCGCAGCCAUGCCGGGGGGUAAGGAGACGCGGCUGCUGCACCUCGGCGAGAUGGAGAAGCUGGACAAGACCCUCUUCAGGCUGGAGCAAGGUUUUGAACUACAGUUCCGAUUGGGCCCGACUCUUCAAGGCAAGCCCGUUACUGUGUACACAAAUUAUCCAGCUUCUGGAGAAGCAUUUGAGCGCCACAAGUUCAGGACGCUAUCGUGGCACAAUCCCACAGGAAAAGAAGAUGACUCUGACAAAUACUGCAAGCUGGAUCUCCAAAUUUCAGGGUCAUACCAGUACUAUUUCAGUCUUGGAAAUGAAAAAAGUGGUGGAGGUUACAUAGUUGUGGAUCCUAUUUUGCAUGUCGGAGCCGAUAAUCAUGUGCUACCUUUGGAUUGUGUUACGCUCCAGACGUUCCUCGCAAAGUGUCUGGGACCGUUUCAUGAAUGGGAAGAUAGGCUUAAAGUUGCAAAAGAAACAGGUUACAACAUGAUUCAUUUUACACCACUGCAGAAGCUUGGACUGUCUAGAUCAUGUUAUUCACUGGCUGAUCAGUUAGAAGUAAAUCCUGAAUUUUCAAGCCAUAAUAAAAAGUGCACGUGGAGCGAUAUAGGAGCUCUUGUGGAAAAACUGAAAACCGAAUGGAAUAUGCUUUGCAUCACAGAUGUAGUCUACAAUCAUACUGCAACUAACAGUGAAUGGCUCAGGAUGCAUCCAGAAUGUGGCUAUAACCUUGUAAAUUCUCCUCACCUGAAGCCAGCUUGGGUCUUGGAUAGAGCUCUGUGGCACUUGACCUGUAUGGUGGCUGAUGGAAAGUGUACUGCUAAAGGGGUCCCUCCCUUGAUUGAAAAUGAUCAACACCUGAAUUGUCUCCGUAAAAUAAUUUGGGAAGAUAUAUAUCCAAAAAUUAAACUAUGGGAAUUUUUCCAAGUGGAUGUUAACAAAGCUGUGCAGCAAUUUAAAACCCUUCUAACUCAAGGUAAAGGAAGGGUAUGCAAAAUGAGCACUAAAUCUGAUCCAACUCAACAUCUUCAAAUAGUUCAGGACCCUGAUUAUAGGCGAUUUGGCUGUACUGUAGAUAUGAAUAUAGCAUUGGCAACAUUCAUACCACACAGCAAUGGACCAGCUGCAAUAGAAGAAUGUUGCAACUGGUUUCGCAAGAGGAUUGAGGAACUGAAUGCUGAGCAAUACAGACACACUAAUCACCAUCAAGAGCAGGCUGUCAAUUGUCUUAUGGGGACUGUGGUUUAUGAACGACUGGCUGGUAAUGGUCCUAAGCUGGGUCCUAUCUGUAGAAAAUAUCCUUUAGUUACCAGGUAUUUUACUUAUCCAUUCAAAGAGCUAACCGUGGAGGAAGAAGAAACUAUGAUACAUCAGCCAGAUAAAGCUUGUUAUUUCAUGGCUCAUAAUGGCUGGGUUAUGGGAGAUGAUCCUCUUAGAAACUUUGCAGAACCAGGUUCAAAUGUUUACUUGAGAAGAGAGCUUAUUUGUUGGGGCGACAGUGUAAAACUGCGUUAUGGUAAUAAACCUGAAGACUGCCCAUACCUCUGGGCACAUAUGAAAAAAUACACUGAAAUCACUGCCAAAUAUUUCCACGGUGUUCGUCUUGACAACUGUCACUCAACACCUAUUCAUGUAGCUGAGUACAUGCUGGACACAGCUAGAAAAUUGCGAGCCGAUUUGUAUGUAGUGGCUGAACUGUUCACAGGAAAUGAGGAGCUGGACAAUAUCUUUGUGAAUAGGCUGGGCAUUACCUCCUUAAUAAGAGAGGCAAUGACUGCUUAUAAUAGCCAUGAAGAGGGAAGAUUAGUUUAUCGUUUUGGAGGUGAACCUGUUGGCUCUUUUGUUCAGCCACGUUUGAGGCCUUUGAUGCCAGCUAUUGCUCAUGCGCUGUUUAUGGAUAUUACGCAUGACAAUGAAUGUCCAAUUCAGCACCGGUCUGCAUAUGAUGCUCUUCCUAGUGCAAUGAUUGUUUCCAUGGCAUGCUGUGCUACAGGAAGCACCAAAGGCUAUGAUGAGCUGGUACCACAUCAGAUCUCUGUAGUAUCUGAAGAGAGGUUUUAUGCAAAAUGGAAUCCAGCAGCACAACUGACUUCUGGUGAAGUUAAUUUCCAAACAGGAAUUCUAGCAGGAAGGCUGGCGAUAAACAGACUGCAUCAGGAGCUGGGGGCUAAAGGCUUUAAUCAGGUGUAUGUAGAUCAAGUUGAUGAAGAUAUAGUGGCAGUGACAAGACACUGUCCUAACACACACCAGUCGGUUGUGGCUGUAAGUCGAACUGCUUUCAGGGAUCCUAAAACUUCCUUCUACAGUAAAGAAGUACCUGAAAUGUGUAUCCCAGGAAAAAUAGAAGAAGUAGUACUUGAGGCUAGAACUAUUGAGAGAAGUGCUAGUCCUUACAAAAAAGAUGAACACUUUAUUAAUGGAUUGCCUAAUUUCACAAUGGAACUCAGAGAGCACAUCCAGAUUAAAGACAGUAAAAUUAUAAAGCAAGCUGGAACUGCCAUAAAAGGGCCAAAUGAAUUUGUUCAAGAAAUAGAAUUUGAAAAAUUAACACCAGGAAGUGUAAUAGUAUUCAGAGUUAGUCUUGACCCAAAGGCACAAGAGGCUGUUGGUGUACUCCGCAAUCAUUUGAUCCAGUUCAGUCCACAUUUUAAAUCUGGAAGUCUUCCUGAUGAUCAUUCAGCCCCUAUAUUAAACACGUUAUUUUCUUCUAUUGCAUCUAAACUAACUUUGGCUGACCUAAAUCAAGUACUGUAUAGGUGUGAGGCAGAAGAACAAGAAGAUGGUGGAGGUUGUUACAAUAUACCAAACUGGUCACCGCUGAAGUAUGCAGGCCUCCAAGGGUUAAUGUCAGUGAUGGCAGACAUUAGACCAAAGAAUGAUUUGGGUCAUCCAUUUUGUGAUAAUUUAAGAGCUGGAGAUUGGAUGAUUGAUUAUGUCAGUAAUCGUCUGAUUUCACGUGCAGGAGCCUGUGCAGAAGUUGGUAAAUGGUUGAAGGCCAUGUUUGUCUACCUAAAGAGAAUUCCACGUUACCUCCUCCCAUGUUACUUUGAUGCCAUAUUAGUGGGUGCAUACACAACGCUUCUGGAUGUGGCAUGGCAUCAGAUGUCUAGCUUUGUGCAGAACGGAUCAACGUUUGUUAAACACCUUUCCUUGGGUUCAGUCCAGAUGUGUGGGAUAGGAAAAUAUUCUUGUCUGCCAGAUCUGUCUCCUUCCUUACAUGAUGUUCCCUACAGGCUGAAUGAGAUUACGAAUGAGAAAGAACAGUGUUGUGUUUCUUUGGCAGCUGGUUUACCUCACUUUUCUUCUGGAAUUUUUCGCUCUUGGGGAAGGGAUACCUUUAUUGCACUGAGAGGUUUAAUGUUAGUUACUGGGCGCUAUCUAGAGGCAAGAAACAUCAUUUUAGCAUUUGGUGGGACUUUAAGACAUGGUCUCAUCCCCAAUCUGCUUGGCCAGGGAACACAUGCCAGAUACAACUGUCGUGAUGCUGUAUGGUGGUGGCUUCAGUGUAUCCAGGACUACUGUAAAAUUGUUCCAAAUGGAUUAGACAUUCUUAGGUGUCCUGUUUCUAGGAUGUACCCAAGAGAUGACUCUUCUCCUCAGCCUGCAGGCACUAUGGAUCAGCCGCUUUAUGAAGUAAUACAGGAAGCAAUGCAACGACACAUGGAAGGCAUAAAUUUCCGAGAAAGGAAUGCUGGUCCGCAGAUAGAUCAAAACAUGAGAGAUGAAGGUUUUAAUGUAACUGCAGGUGUUGACCGUGAAACUGGCUUUGUCUUUGGAGGGAACCGCUUCAAUUGUGGCACUUGGAUGGAUAAAAUGGGAGAGAGUGAUAAAGCUCGCAACAGAGGAAUUCCAGCUACUCCAAGAGAUGGCUCUGCUGUGGAAAUUGUUGGCCUCUGCAAGUCAGCUGUUCGCUGGUUGCUGGAUUUAUCUGGGAAAAAUGUGUUUCCAUUCCGUGGAGUCACUGUAAAAAGACAUGGAAAGGAGGAGACUAUCACAUAUGAUGAGUGGAACAGAAAAAUUCAAGGACACUUUGAAAGGCUGUUCUUUGUCUCUGAGAACCCAGCAGAUCCUAAUGAGAAACAUCCAAAUCUCGUUCACAAACGUGGAAUUUAUAAGGACAGCUAUGGAGCUUCAAGUCCAUGGUGCGAUUACCAACUCAGGCCAAAUUUUACAAUAGCAAUGGUUGUGGCCCCUGAGUUGUUCACACCUGAGAGAGCUUGGAAGGCUCUGCAGAUAGCAGAGGAAAAACUGCUUGGUCCAUUAGGCAUGAAAACCUUAGACCCAGAUGAUAUGGUUUACUGUGGAGUAUAUGAUAACGCUCUUGACAAUGACAACUAUAAUGUAGCCAAAGGUUUUAAUUAUCACCAAGGACCUGAAUGGCUGUGGCCAAUUGGGUAUUUUCUUCGUGCCAAAUUGUACUUCUCAAAGUUGAUUGGUCCAGAGAUAUAUGCAAAAACUGUAGUUAUGAUUAAGAAUGUUCUUUCUCGCCACUAUGUUCACCUUGAAAGAUCAUCCUGGAAAGGGCUUCCAGAAUUGACCAAUGAAAAUGGACAAUAUUGCCCUUUUAGCUGUGAAACUCAGGCCUGGUCGAUUGGUGUUGUCCUUGAAAUCCUUUAUGACUUGUAAAAGUUUAUUUUGAUUGAUUUGAUGAAACUUCUGUGGUCUUAUUAUUGGGCAUAAAUGAACACUUGGCAUAUACUGCAAGGGAAAUGACCUGUUCUGCACAAUCACUUAAGCCAUGUCCUGACUUUCAAAGAUGCUGAAUGCCAGCAGCUUCUGUGCCCUAUAACUGUGUGGGGCUUG